UGUACCUAUACUAACAAGGUAUAUAGUUUUAUUUGAUUUGAUUUUAUACAUUGUCUGCACUCUAACUGCCUUACGGCUAGUGACGUCACGCACGUUAUUAAGAUGUUAUAGUUUAAUACAAUAUAUGUUGCGUACGUUGGUUACCCUGUAGGCCAACGAUAGCAUGCGGUGAUGUUGUGACCUUGUUUUCUACACUAUUACAAAGGUCUAUGAGUAUUUUUUUUCUAUAUUCAAAGACGUACUUUUCUAACAACUCUUAAGAAUAAUCCCUAUGAAAAUCGAUUUUACACUGUUAGAACGAGUAAUUUGUAUUGAUCAUAUAAUAAUGAUAAAUAAACCGGCUGAUUGGAAAAUUGCACCUUUUUUUUGUUCAAGAUCGUGAAUACAUUCCAUUGAUCCGAUGAGAACAAACUCUUGUCUGAGUAUUUUAUUGUAUUCAAUAUAUCUUUAUAGCUUGCAAAACUUUUAUUAGUUUAUGGGUAUGCAAUCAUUAUGAUUAAUAUAAUUUCAGGUUAAUUUAAAAAAAAUUAAAAUAUUAAAUUUAAACAAUUUACAGUAACACAAAAAUUAUUUUAUGAAGUAGGUGUACCUUGAAAAUAUAAUAACGACUAUUAUCAAUUCCUUUUUUUUUUGUUUUAAUUUUUUAAAAUUCAGUUUAUUACAAUGGUCCUUAAUUUUACUAAUGCCCGUAAAUUUUGUACUAAAUCAUCGUUACUUAAGAAUGCUGUUCAGUUAACUAAAGAUAAAUUUCCAAAUUUAAUAAGAGGGUCGUAUGCUACAGUAGAUUCUAAAGAUAUUGAUUAUUUCAAUAAACUUUUGGGUGCUAAUAAUUUUAUCACUGGUGAAGAAGUAAAAUCUUACAAUGAAGAUUGGCUAAAAUCAGUUUCUGGUAAAUAUUUAAUAUUAUGGUAUCUAUUAUUUCAAUAAUAAGUACAUAAAUUGGAUGUCUUUUUAGGUUUCAGCAAAUUUGUGCUUAAACCAAAAACUACAGAACAAGUAUCAGAAAUUCUUAAAUAUUGUUAUAAGCAUAAUAUAGCAAUAUGUGUUCAAGGUGGCAAUACUGGUCUUGUUGGAGGUAGUGUUCCGGUUUUUGAUGAAGUGAUUCUAUCUACUUCUGCCAUGAAUAAUAUUAUUAGCUUUGAUAAAUUAUCAGGUAUUAAGUUAAAAUUUUGAAAAAGAACAUUCAUUUAGAAUAAGGUUUUUUGUCAGAAAUCAUAUAGUUUCAUCUAGCAACUUUUUAGAUAGUAAUAAUACUUUUAAAAUAUCUUUAAUUAUAUGUGAGAAUGUAAAAAUCUGAAUUUACUGAGAAUUGCCAAUCUUAUUUUUAAACUAUACUUAGAUUCACUUUUUAUUUUUUAGUUGAUUUUAAUAAAUAUUUAUAAUAUUUAAAACAAUUUCCAUAUCCAGUACAUAUCUUAGUUGAGAUUUUUAUUUGGAAAUCCGUCUGAAAAAUGAUAAGAAUUAUAGAAAAUAUAUUAUGAGUGAAGUAUAAUAUACCAUAUUUUGUGUUUGCAUUAGUUUUGACUAAUUGCAUAAUUUUUGUUUUGAUUAUAAGGUUGGUUAAGUGAUAAUUGAUGUAACAUGCUUCUCCAUUACCAUAUAUUAAAUGCAUCUAUUUUGACUCUUGGCCUUCAGUAAGUCUGCCUAAUUAUCUAUUUAUUAUUUUCAUUUGUGUUUCAUUUAUAGUUGAAAAAACAAUUUAAUUUGUAGAUAUAUUACAAAUUUUCAUAAGAAUUAUAGUUAAAAGGCUUCUUUUCUUAACUACUCCAGGGCCCUUUCCCAUUGAGCUAUGCCACUUGCUCCAUAUAGAACUAUGCUUCAUACAAAUUUUUUAAGGGAUUUCUUGGAGUCCAAACUUAUUGUGUUUGAAGUAAAAAGAUUUCUAUUUUUAGUCUGCACUAUCCUGCAUACAAUGUCUAUAUGGCUUCCCAUUGCUUGUGUUUUUACUUCUUUUUCUCGUAUCUGGUGCCAAUUAUGUCAUGUAAUUUUACUGAAACCAAAAAUUAUGUUAGAUUUUACAAAUUGAGUUUAAUUUAGGUGUUCUGGUUUGUCAGGCUGGGUGUGUGUUAGAAAAUUUAAUGAAUUAUGUUCAAAACGAAGGGUUUAUAAUGCCAUUUGAUUUGGGUGCAAAAGGAACUUGUCAGAUUGGUGGUAAUUUAGCCACUAACGCUGGAGGGUUAAGAUUAAUUAAAUAUGGAAGUCUACAAGGAAGCGUGUUGGGAUUACAAUCGGUAGUUUUGUUGAUGCUUAAUUACUUAUACCUAAGGAGCGAAUUUAUAUUCUCUUAAAUUCUACAAAAAACCAUUUAAAACUAGAAAAGCAAAAAUGAUAAAGUGGUUAAAAAACCCCCAUUAGAGCUUUAACUUAUAAAUACAAAUGUUAAAUACUAUAAUAAUUUAUAUUUGAUAAGCCCUAAGAGUAGGGAAUUUAAUUGGUAAUAGUUGGGCUCCUCUAUUAUUUUAAAUAUUUUUAAGUGCUUUUUUUGUGAAUUUAAGAGAAUAUAAUUCUAGACUCCACUAAAAACUUAUGAAUUAUAAUAUUUUACUAUUUAUGUAUGAAUUUAGGUGUUAGCUGAUGGACAAAUUUUAAAUUGUCUGAAUACAUUAAGAAAAGAUAAUACAGGAUAUCAUUUAAAACAUAUGUUCAUUGGUUCUGAAGGAACAUUGGGUGUUAUUACAAAAGUUGCUAUUCAGUGUCCAAACACCCCAAAAUAUGUGAAUGUAGCAUUUAUUGGUCAGUUAAAAAUGCUGUGCAAAUAACAUUUUUUUUAUAUUAAAUAAAAUACUAGUAUUUAAUUGGAGUUUUUGGGAAAUGAUAGGGAGUACUGAAAUACUCAUUUUCAGGCAAAUUUCAAAUUAUUAUUACUCCUUUGGUUUAUUUUCUACAGAUUUUGAUAGAGUAUUUUUUUUAAACAAUUCAUGUUCAAAAAGUUUAUUUCUUAAAAAAAAUUUGCAAAUUUAUAGUAUGUUGGAAUUUAAUAUUUACGAAUAAUCUGUGUUUGAUAAAAUUUUAAAUAUGUACAACUUAUACUUGAAAAUCAAAAUGAUAUCUUUGAUAUUUUGAAAUAAAUACUUCCUUUCUUCCUAUGGGGGUAUUUAAAAAGUACUAUAAAAGCAGAUCUUCUUAAUAAUGUAAAAGGAUCUAAAAAACAAAUUAUGAGAAGCAUGUAAUAAUUUAAAAGAAGACCAAAUAAACGUUGCCACAUCAGGAGAAUUUUUAAACCAUUUGAAAUCAUAUUUGGAACACCAAGACUGAAACAAUUUAUUCGUUAAAACUAUAAUUGCAAAUAAAUAAAUCUUAAUUUCAAAUUCAUAGUUUAUAUUUAUAAUUUUUAUUUCCUUUAAUUAUUUAACAAAUUUAUUGAAAACAAAAAAGUAUUUAUUUGUGUUUCAUCUAUCUACAAGGUAUUUCAAAAUAUUGGAAACAUCAUUUCGUUUUUUGAGUAUAAGUUGAACAUAGUUAAAAUUUCAUCAAAAAUAGAUUAUAAUUUACUAUAACUAAUUUUUCUAUAAUUUUGCAAUUUUUGUACUUAGAAAAAAACUUUUUCUAGAUACAAAAGUUUUUUUUGAAAAAUCUGAAUCUGUAGAAAAAAAAUGGUGUUGUCAUUUAAAAAAAAAAUUAAGUUGUAUUUGUUACAUGUGUGAACUGAAAGGGUUAAAAAUUAAAAAUUUGUCUGAAAACAUGGGUACCUAUCAUUUCUCAAAAAUUCCAUUUCAUAUGACAUCCAACUUAAAUAUUUAAUGGUACCAUUUAGCAUGAACAUUGCUAUAGAUGUAGAUAAAUGUGUAAAACAAAUAAAUCAAUAGACAUUAAAAAAAAAUAAAACUAAGUCUAGAGUAUUAUAAUGGUUUUAUGUAAAUAUAACCGGUUCCGAUUUGAAAAAUCAUGAUCAAAUAUAAAAAAAAAAAUAAUAAUAAAUAUGUGUAUGUUUUCUUCGUCUUUGAUGUUUUAUUUUCUGCAAUCAAAACCUGUCAUAUAAGUCUUAUAAUACUCCAUUGUUUUGUUCUUUUUCUGUAUAAUAUACUUAUUUUUAUUUGUUUCGCAUUAAAAUAAUGUUCUACAAAAUUCAAUCAAUACAAUAACUUUGGUUAUGUUCGAUAAAUAUAUAAAUUUUUUUAAUAAUUACAAAAGUUUAUUAUUUCUCUAUUAUUAAUUUUAAACAAAACUUAACAAUUUCAAUUGUUUUUACAAAAUCCAAGAUAGCCAUUAUAUAAAUAUAUAUAUUUUGAAACAAAAUUUUGUUGUUAUAAGUAUUUGCUUAUGAUUAAUUUUUAAAUAUUUUUGAAGUUUACAAAAAUCAUUAACAAAUUUAUUUUCUUAUAAAAUAAGGUGAAUCAAUUGAUAUUAUUCUAUGAAGUUUAACAUAAUUUAAAUUGUUUUCAUUUUCACUAAUAAAUUAUAUGAAUUAAUUCACCUUUGUUUCCAUGAAAAAUAAAUUUGUUAUUGAUUUUUGUAAAUUUAAAAAAAUUUAAAAAUUAAUCAUGAGUGAAUACUUAUAAUAACAAUUUUUUUUUCUAUAUAUAUUAUAUUUAUAAAAUGGCUAUCUUGGAUUUUAUAAAUACAAGGUUUUUAAUUUUAAUGUUCCAAAAAAUAUAUCAUUUGUAAUCAAUGCACUUUAGCAAUUACUUUAAAAAUUAAAAGAUUGAAUGAAACCAAAGUUAUUGCAUUUAUUAAAACUAUGCGAAAAACACCUUGUACAUACAGAGUGAGGAGAGUGACUCAAGAAAUACCUUUAGUUCAUUUCAAAAUUAAAUAAAUUUGUUUUUAGGUUUUUGUAAAGUAGAUUUUUAGAAUGUUUUUAAAAACUUUUAUUUGAGUAUGGUAAUUUAUUUUGUACAAUAUUUUAAAGUUGUUGCAAAUGUGAAUCAUUUUCUUAAUUAUUAUAUCAUAUUAACUCAUAGAAAAAAAUUUCAAGUGGUUAAACUAAAUAAUCUAUCCUAUACUUUUAGUAAAUAAUUGUCCUUUUAUUAUUUCCACACUCAAAAAAGAACUAGUGAUGGGGAUUGUAAGUAAAAUUUUAAAAUCGGUAAUAAUAUUUUCAGUAAACCAGACAAGAACCGGUACCUAUGCUUUUCAGGAAUCUGCCCAUUCCUGUGUCAUUUUAUGCAUAUGUCGUAGCCAUUUCGUAAAAUUAACCUUUUUUCACGAAAAGUUAUCCAUUUCAUGAAAAGGAAACAUAUUUUUUAUGAAAUGGUCACUCGAAUUUGACAUAGUGUAAUUUUUUUCGCAUUUUGAUCAAUCACUUUAUUUACUGAAGUAAAAUAUUAUCAGCACUCAGCUAUUAUUGUAUUAUUAUUUAAAUUUGAUAUUUUUUUAAUGAAGGAGGUAAUUUGUUCAAUGUUUUAUUUAUUUGAGCAAGACAAGGAAUUGUAAAAAUAGUUAUUACAACCACUAUUUAUAUUUUAUAAUCCCAAUCAUAGUUCUAGUAUAGUUCUUUUUUUUGAAAUUAUAAUUUAAGAGAAAAUAUCUAUUUACAGUUAAUUAAAAGUAACGGUAGUGAGCUGUAUUUUUAUUUACAAGCGACUAUAGCAAUAUAAAUUUAUUUUGUGCUAUAAAAAAAAGUGUUCUGUCCACCAAAAAUAAAUUCCUACACCUAAAUAAAAAUGUCUAAAAAUCUAUUUUACAAAACGACUAUAUGACUAUUUAGAUUUUUUGCCAUUUUAAGUCUCACAACCUAAAAACUUUUAAUAAUACUUUAAUUGCAGCACAGAAGAUUACUUAUUAAACAUAUAAAACAAAUAAUAAUAAUAUAAAAUUAAAGUUAUUUCAGAGGUCAGAUAAACAUCUUAAAACCUCCUUGCAUCAAAUCACAGUAAUGUAUCUGUGACUUGAUGUAAGAAGGGCAAAUGUCAAAAAAAAAAAUGUAUUACAAAAUAAUUAUGAAAUUUACAUUAGAUUUUUUGAAAUAAAUUAAUAUUUGUUUAAUUUAUUAUGUAGACAUUGGCCCUAAUAGCACUUAGCUCAAAGUGUAGAUAUAUAUUUAUUUAUUUAAUUUUUAUACAUAUUUGAUAUUCGAGUAUUAAUCUAAAAAUAACUUUUUUUUUCAUUUUUUCAUGUUUAGGUUUGAAAUCAUUUAAUAAAGUAUUAAGUUUCUUCUCAUUAACACGAAAACAGCUUUCUGGAAGUCUUUCAUCAUUUGAAUUAAUGGACUCUGAAGCAAUAAAAAGUGUACAAACCAAUAUUGGCCUGAAGUGUCCUAUAGAUGACAGUUUUGAAUUUUAUGUUCUUCUAGAAUUAUCAGCUGAUAAUAAUUUUAUAAACCUUGCUAUUGAAGAACUUUUAGAAAAAGCCCUUGCUGAAGAAAUAAUUGUAGAUGCUACUGUAGCAGAUCAACCAUCACAGAUUCAAGUAAUACAUAAAUAAAUUAAUAUAAAUAACAUUAAUGCAAAAUAAAUUAUUUAUUUAGAAAAUUGAAAAUAUUUAGAAUCUAUGGAAGAUAAGAGAAAAUAUUCCUGAAAGUUUAUUAAGAAACGGAUAUGUCUAUAAAUAUGAUAUAACUUUACCUCAUGAAUACUUUUAUGAGGCUGUGCUUGAAAUAAGAAAACGGUUAGACAAGUUAGAUGUGAAAGCAGUUUGUGGCUAUGGACAUUUAGGUAUUAUAAAUUAUUUGUUUUAUAAAUUUAGUAUUAAAAAAUACAAUAUGUGUUUUUACUAUUAUGUAAAGGUGAUGGGAACUUACAUUUAAAUGUGGCUACUACUGAAUAUAAUGAAAAAAUAACUUCUGCUAUUGAACCUUAUAUAUAUGAAUGGACUAGCAAAUACAAAGGUAGUAUAAGUGCUGAACAUGGUAUUGGACUUUUAAAGAGUAAAUAUUUAAAUUACUCAAAAUCUAAUUUGGAAGUAGAGUUGAUGAAAAAACUAAAAAAUACUAUUGAUCCAAAGAAAAUAUUAAAUCCAUACAAGAUAUUUCCACAAGAUAAAUAAUAUUAUUAAGUUUAAGUUAUAAACUCUGUUUUUAAAAUUAUAUUUAGAUUAUAUUAUAUUUAGGCAGAAAAAGAGACAAAAUAGAUUUUAAUAUAUCUUACAUUUUUACCAUAUUUUUAUACUAAGUAAUAAUAAUAUUUCAACUAUGUAAGAAGUUUUUUGAUUUUCUUUGUAAAUUUAUGUUAUUUAUACUAAUUGGAUAUCAUAUAACUAAUGUGUAGCUGAAUUACCAGAUCUAGUGGAAUUACCAAAGAUUAUUUAAUUAAAAUUGGAUAAAUGUUAUUGAAAAUAUUAAUUUUUCUAAUAAAAAAAAGAUAAGUAAAUACAUUUUGUUUAAUUUGU